UCGAUAGAUCUUUCACCCUCUUGUGUCACGGCAACAAAGUGAAACUUAAAACGUAAAUAAAAACAAACGACGAGGGGAAGUGAAAAUUGGAGGAUUUUUUUCAUCGUAGUAAUCCGCGAUGUUCCGUUGAAAAUGAGUGACCGCAAUCCGGGCCAGGGCACCAGUUCCAGCACCAGCAGUAGUUCCACCGCAAUCAACAAACGUCCCCGAUUGCUGUCCUUCCAAGGCCCGUCGGAUCACGCCCCAGUGGACGGAGCGCCGAUGGCCGCAGGGCCCUCGUCGAGUUCGCUGGAGGAAAUCAACGCGCGGCCUGCGGGCCGUCAUCCGGAGAUGGCCCCGGAUCUGGCCAGCUGGCAGGAAGCGCAAAUAGCCGCCUGCAUCGAGGACAACACAAUCAAUCUAGUUCUGGAGCAGUAUCUGAGCUUUUUCGAGGCUCGGCAUAACGGCGUCGAGGAGGCGGAAAUGAUGGUCCAGGCCCAGGCGGCCGAGCUGGAACACGAGCAGGAGGUGGAGAACCGUGCAAUAAUGGCCGCGAUAAACGAGCGGGGUCUGCAGCCAGCGGCCGUGGCCAUCGAGGAGGACGCGGUGGAGCCGGAGCUGAUUCCGGUGCCGGCGAUGGACGUAGAUCCCCAGCAGCAGGGACAGGGUAUCGAUCUGCUCGAGUCGGCCGUUGUGGCGGCGAUCCAGGAGAAGGGACUCCAGAUUGGUGGUGGCCAGAUGGAGGAAGACGACGGCGAUAUUGACGGAAGCUAGUGGGUUUAUGUCGCCCCGUCGUAGCUUAACUCCACAUCGCUAUUAGUUUUCGCCCCCUUCGUCAUCAGCAUCCUAUUGAGAGUUGUGUAGAAGCGUUUUGCGGCACUCAACAAAACCCGAAGUAGUUUGUAGUUUCUAAAAUGCAUUAUCUAUUUGUAUUGUGUAAGUUCCCAAACCCCAUCUCAUCUGGUAAGAGCGCUGCUUGACUUUUACGAGGUCUCUGAAGUAUAAUAAAUAAUAUAUAAAACCCAAUGAAAAGUAUGAACGUUAGAUUUAGUAUCAAAUAAAAGUCGUACUAAAAGCAAUAAA